AUGAAGCGAGAUGAUACCACGGCUUCUCAAUACGUAAAACUAACUACGAUUGUGUCCAUUACACGUGUCAUAGUCAUAGUUAGUUUGGUCAUAGUCAUAGUUAGUUUGGGUGCGACACUCCUAAAGCUAGUCGAGCGACUAACUUACCACAUAUACGCUGAUCUCAACUUGGUGCGGACGUUCCUCACGACGUAUCGCUCGUUCUGUUCCCCCGGAGAACUCCUGGAGCUGCUCAUCGAGAGGUUCAAGAUUCCGGAGCCGAGCGAGGUUUACGACACGCCUAGAACCGCGGAGAGCAUAGAGAGCGUGGCUAGCAGUGACGCGGAGAAACUGAGCAAGAACACGGCGCGGGAAGACUGGAAGCGGUAUCGUAAGGAGUUCCAACAGCCGGUCAAAUUCAGGGUAAUCAACGUGCUUCGUCACUGGGUGGACCAGCACUUCUACGACUUCGAGCGCGAGCCGGCGCUGCUGGAGCGACUGCGGGAGUUCUUGGAGUCCGUCGACGGGAAGCCCAUGAAGAAGUGGGUCCAGAGUGUACUCAAGACGCUGCAGAGGAAGAGGCUGGGCGCGGAGUGCGAGGCGAGCGGCGUGGGCGGCGUGACGGGCGGCGUGUCGCACGUGUUCGACCGGCUGCCGCCCACGCCGCUGCGUCACGUCGCGGAGCCCGAGCGUCACGCCUGGCAUCCGCUGGCGCUGCACCCACUCGAGCUGGCCAGACAACUCACGCUGCUAGAGUUCCAUCUCUACAGACAGAGGAAGGCGGACCGCGUGAGGAACCAAUCCUCCUCGUCAUGCCCCAAUCGCCGCAUCAGGCCACCUAAAGCGCAAGUCUGCGGACGGCGAGUAAGGGCAGCUCGCCGCUCGACCAGAACCAGACCCGAGCGUACGGUGAAACCUUCGGAGCUGGUCGGUGCUGUAUGGACGAAGAAGGACAAAGAGAAAACCAGCCCCAACCUUCUGCGGAUAAUCAAACAUACGACCAAUUUCACACGCUGGAUGGAGAAGUGGAUAGUAGAAAGCGAAAAUUUAGAAGAGCGUGUCGGCGUCGUUUGCAGAGUACUAGAACUGAGCAUAGCAUUGCGCCAGCUGAACAAUUUCAACGGAGUACUGGCAGUAGUCGCGGCCUGCGGGUCCGCGUCCGUACACCGGCUACGAGCCACCUUCCAACUCUUACCCCCCAGACUGUCCCGGGCGCUGGACGAGUUCAGAGAACUGAACUCUGACCACUUCAGAAGAUAUCAGGAGAAGUUGAGAAGCAUAAACCCACCGUGCGUGCCCUUCUUCGGCAUGUAUUUGACUAAUAUACUGCAUAUUGAGGAGGGGAAUCUAGACUACCUCCCCGACUCGGAGCUGAUAAACUUCUCGAAGCGGCGCAAAGUGGCGGAGAUCACCGGCGAGAUCCAGCAGUACCAGAACCAGCCUUACUGCCUCACUGUCGAACCUAAGACCAGGGCGUUCCUAGAGUCCCUGGAUCCGUUCCCGGGCAAGGACGACAACGAGAUCACCAACUAUUUGUACGCGAAGAGUUUGGAGAUAGAACCGAGGCUCGCCAAGCAGCUGCCUAAGUUUCCGCGUAAGUACCCGGAGCUGUCCCCGAAGCCGCUGAAGGUGUCGCGGCGCGCGGCGGCGGCGCACGAGCCCUCCCACGGCGCCAACAACUCCUGCGCCUCCUCCAUGUCCUCCUCCGCAUCGCACUCCGACGACACCAUGAGUAUGUCGUCCCAGAUAUCCCCGACCAGUAUCAGCACGUGGGACGGAGGAUCGCUACAGUCCUUACCUCUCGACCUCUUAACGGGCAGUAAACAGGAGUUGGUUAGUCCACGGCUGGACCGAGGCUCCCUGUCCCAGCUGUCGCAGCUGCUGUUCUUCGAUAAGAACAAGCCCAACCAUAAUCACAAGCAAUGGUCUUCUUGCGAGCGUAAGACGCUGUCCCCCCGCAACCCCAUCGUGGAUGCAGACCUCUUCUACUCCUCGCGGGGACACACCGCGCCGCGGAGACCCGACCUGCGGUGUCGUGUGGCACUCCUCCUCCGCUGCCCCCGCGGCGACGCCGGGACUCCGCCGCGCCGCCCACCCCACUACCUCCCUCGUCAGUAUGCGCGGGCUCCCCCCCGGCAGCCCCGGCGCCUGCGCCCGCGCCCCCGGCGAGCAAUCCGGGGUCGCACGGGGCGCCGCCCCCGCUACCGCCUCGGCCUGCGCCCCCGCCUGAACUGUUACGUCCCGCGCACUCCACCAUACUGCAGCGAAGACAUAAUAACACAUUCACACGCCACUGACUGA